GAGCAGAGGUGAGCUUAUCGAUAAUCAAAACUCAAAAAGAUGAAAUGAAAUAAAAAUACUGCCCGGUUGUUAAUCUCCAGAAAGACAAGAUGUUAUAAUGUUCGAGUUUAAUGUAAAAUGAGACUAUCAAAAUGAAGGAGAUGGUAGGAGGAUGCUGCGUGUGCUCAGAUGAGCGAGGGUGGCCUGAUAACCCCCUGGUAUACUGUGAUGGGAAUGGUUGUACUGUGGCAGUGCACCAAGCUUGCUACGGAAUUGUGACUGUCCCAACCGGGCCAUGGUAUUGUAGGAAAUGUGAGAGUCCUGAGACUAAGGGCAAAGUGAGAUGUGAGCUCUGUCCGUCCAAGUCUGGUGCUCUAAAGCGUACUGACACUGGUGGCUGGGCCCACGUUGUUUGCGCACUCUAUAUUCCUGAGGUCAGAUUUGGAAAUGUUACGUCUAUGGAACCAAUUGUUCUGAGGCUCAUUCCGCCAGAAAGGUUUAACAAGCAAUGCUACAUUUGUCAAGAGUCUCAUAAGUCACUCAGAGCUGUAAUAGGUGCUUGCAUGCAAUGCAAUAAAUCAGGAUGUAAACAACAGUUUCAUGUAACUUGUGCCCAGAGCUUGGGUUUAUUGUGCGAAGAGGCUGGCAACUAUUUAGAUAAUGUAAAAUAUUGUGGCUACUGCCAACAUCAUUACAGCAAAUUGAAAAAGGGAGGCAACGUGAAGACGAUUCCGCCUUAUAAACCUGUAUCUCACGAUAGUCAUUCCAGUGAUUCAAGCGGCGAGAAGGAAGGAGAAACUUCCCCCAUGGCAGGUGGUGGAGGAACACCCACCAGCUAUAACAAAACAAAAGGACCCGGUCGCAAGUCCUCUCAUAGUGGUAGUACAACUGGAGCCAAAAACUCAUCAAAUUCUUCAAAGACUCCUACUAAUACAACACAGCCUAUGGAAACGAAUCAGGAGGUGACUGAGACGCCUGCAACAGCGACCGGCCGUAGACACAAAGCGUCUGAAAAACAUAAGAAGAAACCAUCUCCGUCGCGGCGUGGAUCGUCAGCUAGUGACGCGGGCGCCGCCGGCAGCAGCAAGUCAAGCACGCCGACACCGUCGCCGCAACAUAUGACCGACUCCACUCAGACGCAGCCUGGAAAAGGUGGUUCAACACCGGGUGGAAGCGCUAAAGUGCCACCUGCCGCCUCAUCGCCAGGCAAGUCGGCGGGCGAGACCGGCAGCGUCAUCAGCUCGGUCGCGUCGACUGCUGCGCCCACCACUUCCACUGCUACCAACACCACUGCCAGUACUGCGGUUACAACUUCGGUAGUACAAGUGCCAACCUCGAAGUCGGCUACAUACCAAGAAUCGGUAAUCACCAAUACCGAUUUGGUGGAAACCAAACAAACGAAAAAGAGGAAAGCAGUCUCGGCCGCCAACACGCCCAACACCAUCGUGGACUUCGGCGCUGCACCACCGACAAUUCAGGGCACAGAAGCAAUCGCACGCCACGGCGCGUGCCGGCCGCCUUCGAGAACACGCGACCUGUUGCGUAAUGAGCUUGACCUGCAAAAUGAUAACGCUCAAAGUGGAAACAACUCAAACAACGCGUGGGAGGGUCCUGCUCCUAACGACAUUCACACGGAGGGCGAGAAAGUUAUUAAAAAGGCUAAGACGGAGGCGGAGUCAGCGCAGGCGGCCCGGCCGUUUUCAAGCGUCAGUCCGGCUCCUCCGCCGCCGCCGCCGCCACCCGCGCAUAGUCCUGCUUCGCAACCCAGCCCUAGGCAUCUUCCUAGCCCGAUGCCCGGGCCGAGCGGUAUGAACCCACCAUCCAACAUACGCUCACCGUCACAACCGGGCGGGAAAAGCGACCGCGAGGCGCCCGCCUCGCUGCUGGUGUCGGUGCCUUUGCCCUCGACCAGCCACGGACUCAACCUCUCCGCGCACGCACAGGUGUCGGCGGCAACGGAUAUGCCUGGACCCGCACCGCAUAUUUUCCACCAGCCGCAAAAGCAAGCUGCCAUGGAGCAAAGUGUCCCGGGGCAUUUGCCUCACGGCGUGGCUAGCCGCUCCUCCUGGGGAGGCCUCAAUGUCUCUUACGAAAUGCAACAGGAUCCCAAUAAACCAAGUGUGAGCGGAAUGGCGGGCUCGAGCAAGGAUCCCACGAACCUAGCGAAUAUACCUAUGCCGCCAGCGCCGAUAAGAAACAAAAAGAGAGCAGCAAUGUCUGCGAUGACAUCCAUGCCUACUCCGCCACCACCUCCUGCGCAGACGUCCACGCAGAGCCUAGCGAGUGUGCGUCGGCACCCGCAGCCCCCGCCUAUUUACCAGGAAACAAUUAAAGAUUCACCCCCAAGCUCACCCAGUUCGGAUCGGCCACUAAAACCUAAAAUGGAGUCGAAGAUAGGGGCAAGCUGCACGGCACCACAUAUGCUGGGUAAUGAGCUAAACCCGGAGAGCGGUGCAGCCGCAAGGCUACAGGAACAGUUGACGGCCGAGCUCGCCGCGCACGCGGCAGGCACCUCUGGUGGCGACAUGCUUAUCCCGCCACCACUCAUCAACAAGGCACAAUCGGGUUCAAGCGGUUCUCGCAGCGGAUCGUCAGGCGCACAAAGCUUGGAUCAACUGCUCGAGCGGCAGUGGGAGCAGGGCUCACAAUUUCUCAUGGAACAGGCGCAGCAUUUUGACAUCGCAUCACUGUUGUCUUGCCUGCACCAACUGCGCACGGAGAAUGUGCGUCUGGAGGAGCACGUAGGCAGCCUGCUGCAGCGCCGCGACCACCUGCUUGCCGUCAACGCACGCCUCGCCAUCCCGCUCACCACAGUGGCGACUGGGCCCCCAGAACCUAAUCGUUGCACGCGUGACAACGGGUCGCAGGUGCGGCCGCCUCACGCGCCCCUGUCGCGUCCCGCCGAGACUGUCACUUCGGAGCGAUCCCAUCAGGUAAGGCCGGACGGGACUGCAUACGUGUUGCAAAUGUUUGUAAUAAUUAUUAAUACAAAGAUCGGAGCCACAGCAGAGGUUAGGUCGGACUCCUACCGACUAAAACCGUCGAUGUUCCGUCCCGGUGCCUUUUCCCGGGACUACGGGGGCGCUUUCGCAAUGUCGGAUGCUUCUGCCUCAACUUUUCAAAGGGUUGUUUGUUGCGGGUUGCCUUAG